UUGAUACGUCGAGCAGUGUCAUUCGUCGUCACAAGGAAAAUUAGAAGAAAAAAAGUCUACAACUGCAGUCGGACUUUAGACAAAAAACUUUUGUCGUUCGGAGCGAGCCAGAUUAGCGGAAAAAUCGCGGCACAGCCAACAGUAGUGGUUGCCAGCGUUACGCACGCGUACAAUACCUUUACAAGACCGAAAAACACACCUAUGCAAAGCGAAGAGUGAAGAAGUGCCUGUGCGUUGAGUGAAAGUGCAAGAAAAGAGCCUCAGCUAACGUUUUUAAGCCCAUUUCGUAUUGUUUGCGCAACACCUACAACAGCAAGAACAACAACAACAGCGUCUACCUGUAGCAGCCGUAUCAUCCACAACCCUACACCAAAAAUCCAUCUGUUGAGCGUUGGUACGGCUCUCGCGUGUGUGAGUGUGGUGUCUCUGUGUAUGUGUGUGUGUCUACAUUAGUGCAAAAAUUGGUUUAAUUGUUGUUAAAUAAAUGAAUGCGAUAUUAACGGGUCUGCUGCUGACACAGCCACUGCUGCUCUAAUUGGGAUACCUACAUAUUUAAACAGAUCUUCCCAACUUAAGAUGGCGCCCAUGCCGCGCAUUCAGUUGCCCAACAGCAACGCGUCCAUCAAAGCUGACACAAACAGUUUUCUCUAUGCGGAAACUAUGUCCGGCAACAGCAGCCCCACCCCCAGCAGUCCGCCCUCCAGCACAGCGGGCGUUGCCAAGUCUCAGUGUUCGUCUUUAUCCGAUGGCGAGUCCUUCGAGGGCUAUGGCGAGAACGAGUUUCCCGCCCAACUGAGAGAAGGGCGGAGCGGCUCCAGUCCCAACAACAACAGCAUCAGCAACAACAAUAACAGCAACAUCAUCGGAAACAAAGGCAACAACAAUCUCAGCGUGGGAAGCUCCAAUUCCCACCACAAUCACAGUGGAAACUCGAAUGAUGGGAACAACAAUCUGAACGCUAGCGUUGGUAUCGAGCUCGAUCUGGUACCGCAUGUGGGAUCAUCCACGCCGCAAGACGAAGAUGAACUGAACAUAAUGCCCCGAGAUAAUUGGACCAGACGCAGUCUAAGACGAACACCGACAAGCAAUCCCGAUACUUUAUCUCAGCGUCGUUGGGGCUCUAUGAGACAUUCUGGCCGUAGACAGAUUAGCACCAAUGCCUUAGCCAGUCAGCUCUAUAGAUCAUCGAGCUUUAACUCCUCGGGCCGUAGCUCCAACUGUGAUACAGCCGAAGACAUGUACAGCGAUAUAAGCUUGGAGAAUCGGCAUGACUACGAUUAUAGGCUGGAGCUGCUGCAGCGCAAGGUCGAUGAUCUGUCGGAUACACAAAAUAUAGCCGAGGAUCGAACAACGCGCACCAAGACCGAAUAUGCAGUGCUCCAGGCUCGAUAUCACAUGCUGGAAGAGCAGUUCAGGGAGUCGGAACUGCGCUCCGAGGAACGUCUGGCCGAGGAGCAGAAACGUCACCGCGAGAUCCUGGCCCGCGUGGAACGCGAAGCCUCACUGCAGAAUGAGAACUGCCAGAUGAGGAUCAGAGCCACCGAGAUCGAGGCCAAUGCCCUGCGCGACGAGGCGCAACGGCUGCGUGUGCAGUGCGAUAAGCAGGCCAACGAUUUGCAUCGCACUGAGGAGCAGCUGGAGCUGGCACGCGAUCAGAUCGCCGCCCUGCAGCAGGAGUACGAGGAGCAGCAACAGACUCUGCGCAAGCAGGAGAUAGAGAAGAAGUCUACGGAGGAGCUGAUGCUGGAGCUGAGCCGAGAGCUGCAGCGUGCGCGGGAGGAAAAUGGGGCGAGGGCCAUGCCCACCACAUCGCCGGAGAGCAUAAGACUGGAGGAGCUACACCAAGAGCUCGAGGAGAUGCGCCAGAAGAAUAGAUCACUCGAAGAGCAGAACGAGGAGCUGCAGGCCACCAUGCUCACCAACCAGGCAACCAUGCUGAACAAUGGUGUGGAGCAGGGCCGCCAUCUACUCAACGGCACCCUGGGCAGUCUGGCCCAGGAGCUGGAGGAGAUGUCACAAGCGCAGGAUUCUGUGGAUUCAGCCACAUUAGCAUCCUUAAGUCAGCUGCAACAGGCCUUCCAGGAAAAGGAAGACGAGAAUGUCCGGCUCAAGCACUAUAUUGAUACCAUCCUACUCAACAUUGUGGAGAACUACCCCCAGCUGCUGGAAGUCAAGCCCAUGGAGCGCAAGUGAAGCUGAACGAGAAACAAAAACAGAAGCAUCACCAGAACCAGAAGACACUGGCGGCAGUGUCGCAACUACCUAACACCAACUAAAAUGAACAACUAAACUAAACAAAAC